GCCGUGGAGCCGAGACAACGGACAAAAACAUACAAUUCUCAUUCAUACCGUAUAUGAUUACAUGUCUUAUCAUCAGCCCUCUGCACUCCACAAAACUGCCCUGGCUCUUUAAAGGUUCUGCACGCUGCGUGCUCGGAGCAUGCGCAGUAGGGGGGAGCAACAGCCCCUCUGAAAAACAACAACAAUCACUACAGCGGGGCCAGCAAAAAGACAUGGCUCCUUGAAGCUCAACACUUCUGGCCCUUAUCGCAGUACUAGUCCCGGCCGAACUGCUGCUGUUUCUACCGGAGCUGUAUAUAUCGAUGGUGUCGAGCCCAUGAACUUGGCCAGUCAAAGCGGGGAUGCUGGCGGAAGCCAGCUUCUCUUCGCCAACUUCAACCAGGACAACACGUCCUUAGCUGUUGGCACCAAAUCAGGAUACAAGUUUUUCUCCCUGUCCUCUGUGGACAAAUUGGAGCAGAUAUAUGAAUGUACGGACACGGAGGAUGUGUGCAUUGUGGAGCGUCUGUUCUCCAGCAGCCUGGUGGCCAUCGUCAGCCUGAAGGCCCCCAGGAAGCUCAAAGUCUGUCAUUUCAAGAAGGGAACCGAGAUCUGCAACUACUCCUAUUCCAACACUAUACUGGCUGUGAAGCUCAACAGACAGAGGCUGAUUGUGUGUCUGGAGGAGUCCCUUUACAUUCACAACAUCAGAGACAUGAAAGUGCUGCACACUAUCAGAGAAACUCCACCCAACCCUUCAGGAUUGUGCGCCCUUUCCAUCAGCAAUGAUAACUGCUAUCUGGCUUACCCAGGCAGUGCCACGAUAGGAGAAGUCCAGGUGUUUGACACAGUCAACCUGCGAGCGGCUAACAUGAUUCCAGCCCAUGACAGCCCAUUAGCGGCUCUGGCCUUCGAUGCCAGUGGAACCAAACUGGCCACAGCCUCAGAGAAGGGCACAGUCAUUCGUGUCUUCUCAAUCCCAGAGGGACAGAAGCUCUUUGAGUUUCGAAGAGGAGUCAAGAGGUGUGUGAGCAUCUGCUCGUUGGCGUUCAGCAUGGAAGGCCUGUACCUGUCGGCCUCCAGCAACACGGAGACGGUCCACAUCUUCAAAUUAGAGACGCAGAAGGAGAAGUAUGUGCCAGCGGAGGAGCCCACCACAUGGGGAGGGUACCUAGGCAAGGUCCUGAUGGCGUCCACCACCUACCUGCCUUCUCAGGUUACGGAAAUGUUCACCCAGGGGCGAGCCUUCGCCACCGUACGUCUGCCUUUCUGUGGACACAAGAACAUCUGCGCCUUAGCUGUGAUUCAGAAGAUUCCCAGGUUGUUGGUGGCAGCGGCCGAUGGUUACCUGUAUCUGUACAACCUGGAUCCACAGGAGGGAGGGGAGUGCACACUUAUGAAGCAGCACAGGUUGGACGGCAGUGCUGAGCCAGGCAAUGAGAUCCUUGAGCAGUCACAUGACCGUCCACUUGUGGCCCAAACCUACAGUGCUGCUGUCACUAAAGGUUACUGUGAAGAGCAGGGAGCCGUGGGAGGAGCGGGGCUAGAAGAUGACCUCAACGACUUGCGCUUAGAGGACGAGAACGAGCAACCGCCGCUCAUCCUCGAAACUGACUGACCUAGUAACCACCAAUCAGAGGGCUCCUCUGGUGCUGCUAUGAACAUGUGACACAAGGGGGGCAGGGGGCAGGAUCCAAGACGGGGGUGUUUUUAAACGCUCAAAAAGUGUUCAAGAGUCUGUCUGUCAGUCUGUUUGUGCGUUUGUCUGUUCACAUACAUGUCUAUCUUUUCUCCCUCACUCCCUUCCUCCCUCCCUCAUCGGCUCCCCCUUUCUCUCAGUUUGCCUGUGCAGGACAAACUGACGCUUUGCAUGUACAUGUGCCAACUGCUAAAAACUUGCUCCAAUGUGAAAACGAGUAUAUGCGAGUGUGUGUGUAUGCGUGUGUGUGUGUGUGUGUGUGUGUGUGUGUGUGUUGGACGUUUGAUAAAAGAAAAAAAAUGUAGCUGUGUCUUCACUUAAGACACAGACGCAAGCACUGUGUAACAUGAAAGUGUUUGUGUAAGUGCCUCUCUGCCCCAGCGUCGUGCUUUCUUCUGUUAUGAGAGUGGGGGGAUCUCUUUGCAUUGGCUAAAUAAAAUCUAUUUUCAGUUGUCGGAUCUUAACAGACGGUGUGUACCAUCUUUUUUCACCCUUUCCUCUCUGACAUACAGGAGUGUUGCAUCACUCGUCUGGCUCAACUUUACCCUCCAAAGAAUGAUUUAGAAGCCUUUGGCAUGAGGCAGAGGUGUUUGCGUUAAAGAGUGUGCUUGUGCGCUUGUUGCUGAGACCUCAUCUGUGUGUGUGCUGGGCAUGUACAUUAGCAAAACACUGAGUAAUUAGACUCAACUUGUCCCCAAACCCCCCACACCACCCGCCCCUCCCCCUUUCACCUCAUCCAUACAGAGGCUCGUCGGACCUUUCCGUCCUCUCCCCGCCCUCCUCAGGCCCGCCGUCAUUGGUUGAUUUUAAACUCUUGAUAUUAAUGAUCUUUUUCUUAUAUCUAAAUAACCGAUCAUAGCCAACGAUGUGUCAUGCGUAAGAAAACAUGCAUGGUGUUGUUGACGUGGUACUUUGUCCAUACAUCGAAGACAUUUUGGGUUGUUGAGGAUCAGAUGAGAAAGACGGGAAGCUGUCAGCGUCUUUAUUGACAGCCUCCUCACUGUAACUCUAUUCUGUACAUUACUAGAUGUGGAAAGAUAUCACCACACACCAUGUUGUCAGGUUACGACGGAAGAGUUCACACUCCCCGGGAUAGUCAGUUAAUCUGUGGAUUCUUAGUUUGAUUGAUCUUGAGCUCAGGCUGAGCCUCAUCGACUGGUCCAGGAUGCUGCAUGAGUCCCAACAUUAAUCCUUUGGUGUCUGAAGCCGCUUAACGAGGAUCAGCCGAGGGAUUGUCUAGCAUUUUCUAAUGAUUUUGUACAAAAUGUGAAACGUUCAUCUGAAACAUAAAAAUGAAAAUAAAU